AUGGGUUCAGCAUGCAUUAAAAAGCAAUCACAUCCGUAAAGAUAAUAAUAACAGCGAUAAAUUUAAUCUCGACAAUCAUAAAGUACAAAUGUAUCAACACAUUAAAACACACAACGUCAACCUUCAGAAUCUUAAUAACCUUAAUAGCAAACUAACUAGAUACAUAUCAAAGAAAAUUCAUCUAAGCUAUAAAUGAAUAGUGGAGUAAAUCAUUAUAAUUAUUUAGUUUACUUCACCAAGAUCUGAUUUAAAUGAUAAAACUCUACCAAAUAAGAACGAACUAACAAAAGUUGAACCUUUAAAACAUCGCUUUCUUUAAUAAGAAUCUGAUAGCUAUCUUUUCAAAAAUAAUGACGCCCCAGAUUCUGAUAUAGCAAUUUAAGUUAAAGAACCAGAUUUAACUAAUCCAAAUGUAGCUAAAAUAUUUAAAUCUCUUUCUCCUUUUUAAUAUGAUCCUGAUUUCAAUAAAAAAUUUAAUGAUUGCAUUUCUUUACCUCCUCAUGUAAUUAUAAUUACAAUCUAAACUAGUAAUUCAUUAGCACCGGAAUUAUAUAUGUAGGUUAAUGGAGAAAUAAAUAAAAACAAGGCAAAGGGCGUUAGUAUUGGCCUGAUGGAACUUAUUAUGAAGGAUAUUGGUAAAAUCAUGGAGCAAAUGGCAAAGGAAGGUUGAUUCGAUCUGAUGGUUCAUAUUAUGUAUUGUUAAUUUAUAAAUAAAUUUAAGGAAGGAGAGUGGGUCGAUGAUUUACAAUGUGGAUUUGGUAAAUAUGUUGAUUGUGAAGGUAAUAUAUAUGAAGGAGAGUGGAAAGAUGACGAAAAGGAAGGUUAAGGAAAAGAAAUUUGGACAUCUGGAGAUACUUAUAUAGGUUAAUAUUAAGGAGGUAUGAAGCAUGGGAAAGGAUAAUAUAUAUGGUCUAAUGGAAACUCUUAUGAAGGAACUUAUUAUAAAGAUUAAAUUGAUGGAUUUGGCACAUAUAAAUGGCCAGACGGUUAAGUCUAUACUGGAGAAUGGGUGAAGAACUAAAUGAAUGGAAAAGGUACAUUUAUUUGGGCUAAUGGCAAUAAAUAUGUUGGUGAUUACAAAGAUGAUAAAAAGGAAGGUUAUGGAGUUUUUUCUUAUUCAGAUGGGAAAACCUAUAAGGGAAUGUGGCAUAAUGGAAAAUAACAUGGAAAAGGAAUAUUAAUAGAAGCAAAUGGGACAGAAAUUGCUGGCGUUUGGGAAAAGGGUAGAUUAGUUUAAUAAGAGUGA